UAUUGUUUUGUGUUGUGGUUUGCGUUUGAAAAAGUUGGAAGUGCUGCAGCUUCUUUCGUUCGAUAUUUUCACCGUAUGAAAAUAUGACAGAUCAGUUGAAAUAUGGAAAUCUCAGGGAGCGGACAAAACAAAUAUAAUCGCAGUUGGAAGCCUUACAUAUUAUUCUCAGUCGUGCUUGCUUUUUCUCACGUUGUAGAAGUGGCGUGCUAUAUAAUUGUAACUAAAGCCUCAGUUGUAUUGUGAAACUGGAAGAAUGGCAGAUGAAAAUUCUGGAGAGCGUGAUUCAAAAGACGUGCAACUGACAGAACAGUACUCGCAAGACGAAGCCACGUUAAAGGAACAUGGGAUGAAUGCAGCAAACGUACAUUACGAAGGUGAUGUGUGCGUUUACACAGACCCAGAAUCUUCCUUUCAGUUUGAAUGGGAUGGAAUAAAGAACGAAUGGGUCCCAAGAACAAAAAAUGCAGAAGAAACGAAAGCUUCUAAUGCUGACGCUGCUGAAAGUGCCACUGGCCCUACGACUUCUAAAUGCGUCGCGCCGAACUCUUUAGUAUCGCCUGAAGAAUACCAGUUUGACGGAGAAUCGUAUAUCUACAAGGAUUCUCAAUCAGGUGUGACAUACAAGUAUGAUACAGGUAAAAAUUCAUGGGUAAUUAAGGCUGACACUGAUUCAGUGGUUAAAGAAGCACCAGAAGAGAAAGAGGAGCAUGAAACAGACUCAGAAACUGAAGAAGUCCAGCCAGUUAAACAAGACAUGACGAAAGGAACUUAUGGCUUUGAAGGUGACACCCAUACCUAUACAGAUCCUACUGAUGGAUCAGUUUACAUCUGGGACCGCGAAAAGAAUGCAUGGUUUCCAAAGGUGGACGAUGAAUUUUUAGCUCGAUAUCAGCUAAGUUAUGGCUUUACUGAGACUGCAAAACCUCCAGAAAAAUCAGUAGACGAAGAAGAGAAAGAAAAAGAGGCUGCUGAUAAAGCUAAGCAGGAGGCACUGAAAAGAAAGGCAGCUCCCCAGGAACCAACUUGGUUUGAACUAGAUGAGCAGCACAAUACCAAAGUGUAUGUGAGCAAUCUUCCAUUAGACAUCACAGAACAAGAAUUUGUAGAUGUAAUGCAGAAAUGUGGAUUGGUGAUGCGUGAUGUUGACACUGGCAAGAUGAAAGUGAAGCUGUAUACUGAUCCUGUUUCUGGUGAACUUAAAGGUGAUGGCCUCUGCUCCUACAUAAAGGUAGAGUCCGUGGACUUGGCGCUGCAACUGCUGGACGGCUACGAGCUGCGCGGACACCGCUUGAGUGUGGAGCGUGCCCAGUUCCAGAUGAAGGGCGCCUACGACCCCAGCCGCAAGCCCAAGCGUCGCCGUAAGAAGGACAAGGAGAAGAUCAAGAAGAUGCAGGAGAAAUUGUUUGCGUGGCAGCCAGACAAGCUGAGAGGGGAGAGAGCCAAACAUGAAAGGGUUGUCAUAAUCAAGAACUUGUUUGAACCACAGAUUUUUGAUAAGGAAGUAUCACUGUUGUUGGAGUACCAGCAAGAACUACGAGAAGAGUGUCAGAAGUGUGGUGAUGUGCGCCGGGUUGUCAUUUAUGAUAGACAUCCAGAAGGAGUUGCACAAGUAACUUUUAGGGAACCAGAAGAAGCAGAUGCCUGUAUUCAGUUACUGAAUGGCCGAUGGUAUAACCAGAGGAAAAUAACAGCUGAAACAUGGGAUGGGAAGACAAAGUACAAAAUUGUGGAAACAGAGGAAGAAGUGCAAAAAAGGUUGAAGAAAUGGGAACAGUUCCUGGAGAGUGAGGAAGGUAAGAAGGCCUCAGGUUCAGUCACAGAGACAAGCUCUGACAAUGAAAGUACUGCUGCCAGUAAAGGAAAUGACACUGAUGAUAAGGUGACAUGCCAAGAGGAGAAAAACAAUGAAACAAAAAAUCAAGAAAGCACUCAGGGGAAAAGUGACCUCAAUGACAGUUGUGGUGAAAGUGAUGCUGAUACUGAGGGUGAAGAUGGUGAUGAAAGUGAAAGUGUAAAGAAAGCAGAUGGCCGUAGCCAUUGAUGAUGUAAUAAUGUUGGCUUUGGCUGGUUGCAUGGUAGUGUAAAGGUUGUUCUGUCAAAAGUAAGUUAUAUAGUUUGUUAUGUAAAGAUCAGUAUCCAUAUGUUAAGGGCACAAUGAAAUGUGCUUCAUGUUGUCAAUUGUGAACUAUGUAAUUAUGUGAUCUUACUGUACAAAACUACCAUGUUCAAUAAAGUACAAGAUUA